AUGGUUCUACUACGGGAAAGCUUUCUAUCCCUCCAGUACUGCGGUAUGUGGCCGCCGCUUCACUUGGAGUCAAAGAGCUGGCAGUAUCGGACUUAUUCGCUAUACACGAUUUACGUUAUGGCCGUUAUGUACUGGUUCACAUUAUCAGAACUGAUUAAUCUACUAAUUACAACCGAUGAUAUCGAGGAUUUUUCUGAUACGUGUUUCAUGCUGCUAUCGACAGCAGCUGUAUGUGCCAAAAUUCUCAUAACUCUGAUGAAGCGAUCGGAGAUUAGAGAUGUUCUCGUUACUCUUGAGAGUUGUCCACAUAAGCCGAUGAAUUCGGAGGAGCAGGCGAUUCAGGACGAAUAUGAUGGACAGGUCAGAUUUCUUACCCUCUUUUAUGGUGUGGCUACAGAAAUAACGGUAUGGUGCAUGACCAUCUUCACGUUCUUUCAAGGGAUACCUUUCGGGGUACUGCCGUACAAGGCAUGGGUACCCUACGAUUACUCGGAACCUAGGGUGUACUGGUUCACUUAUUAUCAGCAAUUACUGAGUGUUCUUCUUGCUGCCAACCUCGACAUUGGAUUUGACACGAUUAUUCCGGGGUUUAUGCUACAGAUAUGCGCGCAGUUCAAUAUUUUGAGGUGCAGAUUACAUCGGGUUGUUAAUUACUUUGAUGACACGGGAUGCUCAAAGGCCAAAUCUUGUGAGGUUUUGGAACUUUAUGAAAACCAUCUCGUUGACUGCAUCAAAUAUCAUCGUGAUAUAUUCGAAAUGGCUAAAAAAAUUAAUUCCAUUUUUACGGGCAUCAUUUUCGUGCAAUAUGCUGCGAGUUUCAUCAUUAUAUGCGUCAGUGUGCUACUUAUUUCGCAGAUGCCAUUAUUUUCUCCAAAGUUUUUAGCACUCUUCAUGUACCUCUCAUGCAUGCUCUUGCAAAUCUUCAUGUUCUGCGCUGCUGGGAAUGAAGCCACGAUCCAAUGUCAGAGUAUGAUAAAUGGAAUCUGUGGUACUAAAUGGUACCUUCUGGAAAAUCGUAUGAAGAAAUACCUCGUACUCAUGAUGCUUCGAACUUUGAGACCCGUUAGAUUUGUCAGUGGAUUCAUCAUCGUUCUCUCUCUGGAUUCUUUCUGCAUUCUUAUCAAAACGUCUUACUCCGCUUAUACAGUACUACAAAGGUCUUCGAGUUGA